GCGUAGCGAUUGAGUACUUUACAUGAAGUGGGCGUACCCGUCACAUGGAAAACAAAAUAGCGCCCCCGAGUCACGUGUAUACAGCUCACACAGUUAUAAUCUUCAUGAUUAACGGCGUCGUCAGGAAGCUUAGAGAUCUGCGAGAUUAACACAAGUCAUUUCCUUGUUUGUAUGUUUUUAUUCAAGUUAAAGGAACACCACACAGGCGCGUAUAGUUUUGACUCAUAUGAUAGCUCUAAGCUUUUAGAACUAGCUUUAAUUCGCAGAGGUUUUGCGCUCAUUGUGUUUAGCAUCGGCACCCCACGUAUUCGGGUGCGCGUAUACCCACUGCUUUCCGUGUCCGCGUGAUUGAUUGCGCGGUAAUGAUAGGUUUUAUCGCCUCGCUAUGGGCUGAUCUUUGCUGUAUGUGGGAAUGGAGGGGAGUAAUCUCACAGAUGAAGUUGUGUCUAUGGUUGACGUGCUUCAGGAGGAUAAUGAAUUAGAGGAAGAAGCGAAUGCUGUGUUUGGAGAUAGCGAUGACCAGCAAUGCACUUACGAAAAGGGUUAUGUUGGACGGCAGGCACUCUACGCCUGCAGCACUUGCAGCUGUCCGUCAUCUGAGCCUGCAGGACUCUGUUUGGCCUGUAGCUUGACAUGCCAUGAUGGACAUGAGCUCUAUGAGUUGUACACAAAAAGAAAUUUCCGCUGUGACUGUGGCAAUUCAAAAUUUGAAGGAUUCAACUGUAAACUCUUCCCAGACAAAGAUGCUGUUAACAAGUCAAACAUGUAUAACCAGAACUUUACAGGCGUGUAUUGUACCUGCCAUAGGCCAUACCCAGACCCAGAAGAUGAAAUCGAAGAUGAGAUGAUCCAAUGUAUAGUUUGUGAAGAUUGGUACCACUCAAGACACCUGGGCUGUCUUCCACCCGCUAAUGGUGAUUACCAGGAGAUGAUUUGUGACAGCUGUAUGGACAGGUGUACCUUUCUGCAAGCUUAUCUUACUCUUUCAGUACCAAGUUUGUCAUCAUUGGGUCCCAGUCAGCAAGUUAUCACUAAAGAGGAGGUUAACGGCUCUAUUGAAGUUGGACCAUCGGACGAGAAACCUGCAACUAAAAAUGACAAAUUUAAAAAGGAAAAACAGGAUCAGACAUUUGAAAAAAACAGCAAAGAAAAUUUAGAUAAGAUAAAAAAAAGGGAACAAGAGGAUAACAAUCCUGUCGCUGAGCCCCAUUACAAAGAUGCCCAAAGCUCCUCUGCGGGGAGUGACUCAAUUCCUUCUGAGUCUCCCUGCAAGCUGGAUCAACUGCAGUUAAAUGUAACAUCUGUAAAGCCUGGCGCCUCCUUUUGGAAUGUCGGCUGGAGAGCACAGCUCUGCACUUGUACCAAGUGCAAAACACUUUAUAACACUCUGGGUGUGUCUUUCCUCACAAGUGAGCAAGACACUCUUGUAGCAUACGAAGCACGUGGCCAGUCAGCAAGGCAGUCAGCGUAUGAGAGCGGCAUGCAGGCCCUUGGAGGCAUGGGACGCAUCAACCAGGUCGAGGCAUUACAUGAGUACAACAACAUGAAAGAUGAGCUAACAGAUUUCCUAAGAGAGUUUGCUACUCAAGGAAAGGUUGUCAAACCAGAGGACAUUCAAGGAUUCUUUGAGAGCAUGCAAGCACGCAAGAGGCAGCGAGUAGGAACAGCUAACACAGUGCAGUAUUCAUGCAAGUAGCCUGGAUUAUGUGGUAUGCGUGUAGGUUUUUUUUUUUUAAUAAUGCAAGCAGCCAGCGAACACAAUGCAGUAUUCGUACAAGUAGCCUAGGUAACACAGUGUAGUAUAUGUACUAGUAGCCUGGAUUGUGUGGGAUACCUGUGUAUUAGACAUCCAAAAAGUAUUUGAAACAACAUUAAUUAUCAGCUACUGCAGAAGCAAUACAGGCAACAGAGAUUGUCUGGUAUGCCGGUGACGGUUUUUCAGUGUACCUGGCAGUUAUCAUGCAAGUAGCUUGUAUGUUGCCUGUGCUUGUACUAAAGCUACCUGAAUAGCGCUCAAUCUACGUUUCUGCUUGCGUCUGUAGCUAAUGAAUAUAAUUCAAGGUAAAGCUAUGAAAGCUCAGUGCGAUUUUUAAACAAUUUAAACAACCUUACUGAAACAUUGCCUCAUCGCCCCUUUGUGUUGCUACUGGAGAGUUUAGGGAAUAAAACAUUUAUUUUUGCCUUUUUAUCUGGUCUAAUAUUACAACUUACAUUUGAGAAACAAAAAUUUACAUCCCAGAAAGGCAAUCACAUUAAUACAUAACUUUGUAGUAUUUUUUUUUCUAAUGAUAAAGUUUUUAUAAAGGUUUUCCAAUAGGUAUAAAAAAUUAUGUACAUUUUUUCAGGUGAGUUGUUAUUACAGUUAAGUGGUAAUUGAAAUUCACAUUAAACUUGGCAUAAAUGCUCA